CUUCAUAUUGGCAAAGAAACUGCUAUCCACUCGUCUCUCACUGGCACCACCCAAUAUGACGAGUUCGUUGCCGAAAUAUUCGCUCAAUCCGCACCUCUUACAUGACACGAUUGAGCCGCCGGUGGCUUUGGCGAGAGCAUGGGCUUCGUCCUUUCCCUUGCCAGCCUCGCCGUGUCCAACGGUAGCGCUGAUCAACCUUGCACAGGGCGUGCCCGGCACCGACCCUCCCCCUACUUUUACCGACAAGCUCAAGUCUGCGAAAAUUCAGCAUGACUACGGCGAUGUGUUCGGGUCCCCCAAGUUGCGCCAAGCAUUCGCACGGGAUCUGAACACCGUGUAUCGCGGAGAUUUGACAGCCUCACAGCGGGCAGAGCGCGGUGCCGUCAAGAUGGAAGACGUCUGCAUCACUUCAGGCGCCAAUAUGGCAUUUGCAGCUGUAGUGCAGGCGCUCGCAGCCAAGGGCGACACAAUCGUGCUUCCAACGCCUUGGUAUUUCAACCACUACAUGACGCUCACUUCGCUCGGCAUAGAAGCGCAACCACUCCACACGGCUGCACCAGGCUUUGUUGUCACACCCGCGAUGUUCCGAACAGCGAUAGACGCCUGCAAGGCGAGGAAUGGCUCGGCACCGAAAGCUUUGGUGCUCGUGACACCGAACAAUCCGACUGGCACGAUUUAUUCACCGUCCCGGCUCACCGAGCUGGCGCAGCUAUGCAGGCAGCACAGAAUUGCGCUGAUACUCGACGAGACGUACCGCGACUUUUUGCUUGACGAGGCAAGGUCAGCGAGGUCACGUCCGCAUCAGCUCUUUGGAAAUGAGCCAGCGGCAGAUCCGAGAACCCCGUGGGACUGGAGAGACACGCUCAUUCACAUUUCCUCCUUCUCGAAGUCGUAUGCUAUACCCGGUCACCGUCUCGGUGCGAUCGCUUGCCAUCCAGCACUGCUUGCGAGGGUCGGAGGCACGCUAGCCGCUCCAUCCGAGACAGAUGCACAGCAGCAAAGGCAGCCGAAAGGCAAGUACGGCCCUAUCGCCAAGGCGCUCGAUAAUCUGCAAAUCUGCCCACCGUUACUGAGCACGCAAGUGGCAGUGGCCUGGUCUGUCGAGGACAGCGGGCAGCAGCAGUGGCGCGUGGAGACGGCCGCCGAACUCUACACGCGACGGACGCUGUUCAAGGAGGCGGUCGAAGGGCUCUCUGUGCAGAGCGGAGGCGCUUGGCAGAUCGAGAGCAUGGGCGCUUACUAUGCGUUUGUGAAGCAUCCUUGGACAGGCAAGCUUGACAGUGAGAGUGUCGCGCGGGCGCUGGCCGGGCUCGUCGGCGUCAUCACGCUUCCUGGCUCGUUCUUCAUGCCUCCAUCUACUGGCGGGGGAUCUACGGGGGGUGCGGAGGAGCGGCUCCGCUUUUCGAUCGCCAAUGUCAGCGCAGACAGGCUCCGCAACUUGCCGGAACGUCUGCAUCUUUUAGACGCUCUGUGGCACGAUAGAGGCAUAGGCUUUGGUAUUGAAAUGAAAUAG